AUGCUUUCAUGGGGAGAGGACAGCCACGGCGGCUUCCGGCUGAAGAACGGCUCGCUCAUCGACAGAACGAGACCUGAUGGGGUUCAUCACUUAAAACUGGGAGACCGCAUCGCGGAUCUGUCCGCAGGUCAAAGGGUGCUCGCCUUCGUCAAAAGUAGCGGCAGCUCGUUCAUCAUUCGAACGAAUGAGAGCGAAGAUGGGAGAAGAGUGAGAGGAAGACAGAAGUUUGUGAAAUGUGAAGAGAAGAUUCAGGCUGUGAGUUGUGGCGAUGAUGCGGUCACACUGCUGACUGACAGAGGCAGCGUUCUCUGUGUGGACACAGCUCACACCUCCCUUCCUCGACCUCUGGAAGCUUUGUCCAACAUACCAGUUUCUCAUGUUGCUUGUGGAAGCCAGCAUUCAGUGGCUCUGACCAAAGAUGGUCAGGUGUAUACAUGGGGCCAGGACUCCAGAGGCCAGCUGGGUCUGGGAAGGAGGAAGCUCGGCGCCAGUUCACCCCAACACCUCCGAUCUCUGUCAGCGAUCCCCCUGGUCCAGAUCGCCGCAGGGGGAGAGCAGAGCUUCGCCACCUCUGUGUCUGGAGGUGUGUUCGGCUGGGGCAGAAACGACUGUGGACAGCUCGGGCUGGGAGACAGGACAGACAGACAUACACCGACUUCUGUUCGUUGCCUAAACAUGAAGAAAACAGUUCACAUCUCCUGUGGAAAAGACCACACCGCCAUUUUGACAAAGACAGGUGAAGUGUUCACGUUUGGCUCUGGUCAGUACGGACAGCUGGGACACAACUCAUUCAGCGAUGAGCUACGACCUCGGCUUGUUGCAGAGCUCUGGGGGGCAAAGGUCACCAAGAUUGCAUGUGGACGACAUCACACAUUAGUGAUGACGGACUCCAUGAGGGUCUACUCCUUUGGGUGUGGAGAGCAAGGGCAGCUGGGACGUGGAGAGGAGAGUCAUCCAUCUGUGCCGCUACCUGUCCAGAUACCACAGGACACCGCUGAUCAUCCUAAAAUUCAAGACAUCUUCGCUGGAGGAAACUGUUCGUUUGCAACAUGCACAUCUAAUGAGGAAGUUCAUGAGGAGUCAAACAUUGCCGGUAUCAGCAGUGUAACACAGCAAUGUCUCGAGGGCAUGAUUGACAAAUGGACUUCUCAAUGUGAUUCAAAGUCAUGGAAAAAGAUACAACAGGAAGUUCACAGGACCUUUUCCUCUGCAUCCUUUGUGAAUAAAAGCUUCCUUGAGCAAAGCAAAGAUAAACAUUUCCAGACUUCACAAAAGUACUCUGGCUUGAACUUGUCACUUGCACAACUUGCUUUCAAGAAACUGGUAAAAAAGGAUCAUGUUUUGGCAGAGGUUGAGGCUGCUGUUCUGCACUUGCUUCCCUCCCUUGAUAUGAAUCCAGUAGGCGUGGAGGGGUUGAGGAUCUACCUGCUUCUCAUUGAGCUGCUGCGCGUCAUCCAGAGACACAAACAUCCACAAUGCAGCACAAAGCUGGCCGAGGCGGUCGCUGCUGCUGUAGUAAGGUUGUCUGCUGACAGCCUCCAGGUCAUCGGGGACUGGUGGUCUUCACUGUCGCCCUCCACCAUGGUGAAACAUGUGAAGGUGUGGAAGCAGGCCCUGUCAGCGAUCCUGUCCUUUCAGCCUGUACCUCGCAACUCUGGAGUCAGAAACCUGCUGCUAGUCCUCCAGUAUAUGUACAAUGCCAACAGCAGGAUUGCAGAACCUCGAAGGAUUCCAGAAAGUGAUUUCUAUUUGAUGAUUGGCCGAGAAUUUCUUCUUCAGGAUGUCCGGCUUUGGCGUUUACAGUCACAACACAAGAAUGUGCAUGCUGAGCCACUGAUCCUCUGUAGCUUUCCAAUUGUGAUGGAUCUGAAGUCAAAGAAAAUGGCUUUUGACUUUAAUGCUUACUGCACCCAGUGGGAAGCAGUUUAUGGCAUCAGCUGUGACAUGAUGUUGGAAAAUAGAUUCCCGCAGCGUCAAGACCUGUUCUUUGAACUGAACCUGAGGCGAGCAUCAGUUUUAGAAGACACCUUUGAACAACUGGCUGCUGUUGAUGACACUGACUGCAAGAUGCCACUUGUGGUGUAUUUUGAUGAAAACCUUACAAUCGAUAACAUCUACAGAAAAGACUUCUUUUACGAAGUGUUUCAUGAGAUAGUGUCAGCUGAAUCUAAGAUGUUCAUGUUCAAUGACUCUGAAACGCUGGCAUGGUUCCCUUCCAAAGCAGCACAGGAUGACCAGAGACACUUCCAGGUUGGAGUUCUGAGUGGAUUGGCUUUGUACAACCAGUGCAUCAUACACCUACCCUUCCCACUGGCUCUGUUUAAGAAGCUGCUUAAUGUAAAGCCUUCACUGGAGGAUCUGAUAGAGUUCAGCCCAUGUGUUGGAGAGAGUCUGCAGUACAUCCUGGAAGACUACAAAGAUGAUGACUUGGAAAACCUGUACAUGGAUUUUUUAAUCACUUGGGAUGGCACAGAGGUUGACCUUGAUCCUGAAAACCCUGGAAAGCCGGUGACAAGUCAAAAUAAGAAGGAGUUUGUGGAUGCCUACGUGAAUCAUGUCUUCAACACGUCAGUGGAGGGUGUGUUUCAGCAGUUCAAGCGAGGCUUCUUCCAGGUGUGUGACAGAGAUCUGGUGAAGCUGUUUCGGCCCGAGGAGCUGCAGGAAGUGCUGGUGGGAAAAGACUUCCGAGACUGGGAAAAGCUGAAACAGAACACAGGUUAUGAGGGAGGAUACCAUGCUGGCCAUCCCACCAUACAGAUGUUUUGGGAGGUUUUCGAUGAACUAACUGAGGAUCAGAAGAAAGCUUUCCUUUGGUUUGUGACAGGUUUUGAGAGGGAGCCUAUUCUUGGCAUGGAAAAGAUCAAGAUGACAGUCCGAGUUAAACAAGUCAGGGACCUCUCGUGUGACCAGUACUACCCUGAGACACACACAUGUUUCUCAGUCCUGGAGCUGCCUUUGUACUCAACCAAGGGGAUCAUGCAGACCAAGCUGACAGAGGCCUUGAGCAACAACAGAAGAGUGUGCAGGUGAUAGUGGGACGACUGUACCCUGACAGUUCACUGUAUGUCUGCUGAACACAAGACCUUACAUUUGUAGAUAGCAGCCUUUGUGGCUAUUGCUAGUGUACCUGUGUAUUAGAAAACAUUAACGGUUUAAAAGUUAUUUACUUUUAUUUCCUUUUAUGAUUGUGCCACAGGGAAUUGAGAGUGUGAUGGAGUUUGUUGUUUCGGGGCCAAGUUAAAGGAAACGUGCUAAAAUAAUGCAAAACAAAUGUUUACAGCAAAGCUUAAUUCUCUACUUUCUGAGGACUGUGCAAUUUAUUGUAUUUAUCACAUGAGAUUUUUUUUUUUUUUUAAUGAAGUACAAAACGAGAUGUGACCCCUGCUGUUGCAGAGUGGAUUCAAGCAGUAGUGACGGUGGGGCUUAAAGAUACUCAGUGGAUUACUCAGGUUGUAUGUAUAGCAGUAUUUGAUUGGGAUAUUAUACUAAAAUGGCUACAGUAUAUAUAUACAUAUAUAUUGCUUUCUCACUUUCACAUUUAUUGAUGGGCAUGUAUGGAAGAUAAUAAAAAUUGUAAUUUGAAAAUA